AGAGAGAGAUUUAAAAACCACUAAACACAGACAAACAAAAAAAAGAUCCUAACACAGAAACCAGGAAAAGAAAACGCAAAGAAAACCAAAAAACAAAACAAAAAGGAGGAGAAAAAGCAAAUCAAACCAACAACAACAAACAACAACAACAACAACAAUGAUAGUCGAUGCAGUGCGAGUGAUAUCGUGUGGAGGCGGCGGCGGAGGAGGAGGAGGAGGAGGUGGAGUCGGUAGCGGAGGAGGAAAUGGCGGAGGAAACGGAGGUGGAGGAGGAGGAUCUGACGGGACCAUGACAGAGGAGGAGGAUACCCUACGACCCCCCUUCACCCCUCCUGAGGCUGCCGUAGAGGCCACCACCACCUCGGAGGCUCGGCUGCUUCACCAAGACGCCCAAAGCACCAAGAUUGAGACCCAGAGGCAGCUUCAGAGGCACCAACCGGACGACUGCGGAGACAAGGGUCAGACCGUCGACUAUAAGGGGUGCGGCGAGGUGUGUCAGGGUUGCCGGGACGUGAUCGCCGACCGCUUCCUGCUGCGGGUCAACUCCCGCUCGUGGCACCAGACGUGUCUGCGGUGCUGCGUGUGCCAGCUGGCCCUCGACCGCCAGCCCUCCUGCUUCAUCAGGGAACACAACGUCUACUGCAAGACAGACUACACCAGGAACUUCGGCGCGCGGUGCGCCAAGUGCUGUCGCAGCAUCGGCGCCGCGGACUGGGUUCGCCGCGCGCGGGACCGCGUCUACCACCUCGCCUGCUUUGCCUGCGACGCCUGCAAGCGGCAGCUCAGCACCGGCGAGGAGUUUGCGCUGCACGACAGCCGCGUGCUGUGCAAGCAGCACUACCUCGAGUCCAUCGAGGGCGGGGCGUCCAGCAACGACGAGAGUGACGGCAGCGGCAAGACCAAGAGUAAGCGUGUAAGGACCACCUUCUCGGACGAGCAGCUGCAGGUGCUUCAGGCAAACUUCCAGAUCGACUCAAACCCCGACGGCCAGGACCUGGAGCGGAUCGCGCAGAUCACCGGGCUGAGCAAGCGGGUCACCCAGGUGUGGUUCCAGAACAACAGGGCGCGGCAGAAGAAGUACAUGACGCAGGGCAAGCGACACCACCACCACCACCCGCACCAGCAGCAGCAGCAACAGCAGCAGCAGCCCGUGGGCCCAGGAUUCUCGCUGGAGCGCGCCCCGUCACGCCUCUCGGACUACGGCGACAUCUCCUCCUCCUCCUCCUCGCCCCUCGACUCGCCCCUCUCACAGAUCCUCUACAGCUUCGGAUGAUUGUCCGCCCAAACCUACGCCCACGCCCACGCCCCGCCCAUGGGUCAGGGGGCGGCGGGGGGGCAGGGGGAGGAGCGGGGGGCGGAAGGACACGCACUACGCCUUUGUGAUGUCCCCGAGUCCCACCGUCUUGGGUUCCCCGUGUCCUCCGCCUCUGACGCCGCCAUCUUGGGCAUGGGCGUAGGUUUCGGAAUGGGAAUAUUUCGUGAAGGGCCAAUUGGAGGAGAAACUCUUGAGGGAGGAGGAAGAGAAGGAGGAGGAACUGGAGGAGGAGAUGGAGGGUUUCUCAACAUGGUCUCAAAUUCUUCGCCGAGUCGAGAGGAUUUGUACCCUCGGCGGGGCCCCAGGAGCAGGGAACCGCCGCCCCCCCACCCCCACCCCCCUUGCGAGGACUACACACCCGCCGAGGAGGACAGCAGGGCCAACGCCCCCUCCUGAGUCUCCAUCCGAAUUAUGUGAAGCUUCGAACUCUUGUGAACUGAGGCUUCGAAAUUUAUUGACGGAUGCAGACUCGUCUUCGAACAAAAAAGUGAGGAAACAAAAAAAUUGAUAGUGAUUUAGACACAGGAAGAAAAGUAUUGAUCGAAGAGUCUGGAAAAGAGAAAGAGCAGCUAGAAAUGACUAUGUAAGUUCGAAAAGAAAUAGAAAAUUAGGAAAAAUUAAAACCUCACUUUCGAACAUAAAAGUGAAACAGCAGAAACGUGAUAAUGAUUUAGACCUACGAAGAAAAGUAUUGUUUGAAAAAUAGAAACUGAGGCUAUAAAAAAAAACACCAUAUAUCAUAAUCUCGAAAAGAAAAAGAAAAGAAUAAGGAACACUAAAACUGAGUGAAAAUUGAGCUCCAUUGUGACCGAUAAACAAAGAAACAAAAAAAAGGAAACGAAGAGCAAUGUGCAAGACGGACUUAGAGAACACAGUCACAUAAGAAUGGUAACAAAGAGAGAGAGAGAGAGAGAGAGAGAGAGAGAGAGUGAAGAGCGACACUCCUAUCUACAUCUCCAUCCUCUCUUUCUCACCAUCAUUAGGCGACGCUCAGCUUACCUUCACUAUCACUCUCGUAAAGUGACUCAACUGGCGGCUGACACUGACUCCUGACCUGCCCGCCCCCCCCCCCGCGCUCUCUCUCUCUCUCUCUCUUUGGGGUGCGGGAAGACGAGUUAGAAUAUGUGGAAGCUCGAAAAAAUAAGAGGAAAAAAGACAAAAAAGUUCCCCCGUCGCUACUAUCGCCGUCACCGUACCGAACACUGACUGAGGGGCGACAAAGAUCAAGGAGCGGCCAAGACCAAGACCAAGAGCGCCUCAGACAGAACGGCUCCUCCCUCCCUCCCUCCCUCCCACUGGUGUGUGAAGUUGUGGAAAGAAUCUGAGCUGUGUGUAGCCGACGGGAAAACUGUGCUCUGAAAAAAAUAAAGUGUAGAGAAAGAGAAAAAAUAGAGGAGAGAAAAAGAGAGAAAAAAAACGCAGACAGACUAGUGGCAGACUGUUUAGCCGACGAGAAAGAUGUGCGCUGGAAAAAAAAAAAAUGAAGAGGAGAGAGAGAAAGAGAGGGAGAGACAGGAGAAAAAAAUCAGACUUGUUUGGAGUGAGCUUUUUUUUUUUUUUUUUUUAACGCCUCGUCUUCAGCCUGCAAGGUCUUCAUGCUCUCAUUCGUAGCUAAACUUUUUGUGUGCUUAUUUUUUUGUUUGUUUUACUUCUUUCUUGGUGUGUGGUUUCUCUCUCACCAAUUCCUAUUUUCUUCUUUUAAGUUAUUGGAAAGGUGAGCUAUGUGUCAUUUCCGGCUUGACAUGGACCAGAAAAUAGUGAAGAGUUUACGAAGACAUACUCAAGUGUUGCGUGUGAUAUAUUGGAAACACUUGGCAACCCAUAUACUGAACGUUUAAGUGUCUACAGAGGAAGAAAUGGAUAGUUUGUUUUAGAUAUCUUGAACUAUUGAUGAAACUGAGUCAUUUACUCUGCAGUUCUUUCCUACAAGAGCUGAAACAAACAAUACUUGAGACGCAGCGGCUUGGUGGAGGGAAGAAUUGAUUUGCGGCGCGUGGAUGAAUAUAAAGAAUUGCUCGACUAUCAUUCGCCGCCCGAAGCCUCGAGACACUAGUGAACCCCGAGGCACCAGUAGUUUGAGGGAUUUAUAUGACUAUCUUAUAAAUUUGCAGGGGAUUGCGCGUGUGAUAAUCGCGCGUAUAUAUUCAAGACCCCUGAAAAGAAUAAGCUUGUUUUCCUGAGUACAAGAGAGCGUGUCAUAACUGCAGGUGAAUGUUAUAAUUAUUCUGAUAAAAUCCUCAACCGAGAUUCUGGCGCAGCACCCCCCACCAGAUGGCUUUGCUGUACCACCGCGCAGCAUUUACAACUCGUAAGAUGUGAUAGUGUUUUAAUUGCUAGUAAUAUAUCCUCUGUUGUAGUGAUAUAAAGUGACCGAGAGUAAGAGAACAAUUAAAAAAAUAUUUUCAUCGGACGUCAGGACUGUUUGUGUUUACAUAAAACUAAAAAAAAAAAAGAAGAGUACUGACAGUAAAUAAUGUUACAGAUGAAAAGCCUUUAUGACACUUAGCAGUCGCUUCAUAUCAGUAUCAGAGACAAACAAACAUUCUGCAAGACUUGUGAGACCACAUAAGUACGUAGUUUUGACUUACCGUAAUGUCCUUAAACCUUUGACAACGCCAUCUGUUGAGGAAAGCUUCCCAGUCAGCAGUCAGUCGCCGGGACAUGAAGAUGAGAGUCUACCCACAUUCUCGAACACUUCGGGGUUCACACACGCACACUUGGUAAGGCUUUUGUGGAGGUUGUGGUCAUUUCCAUGGGUAGUUUUAUGAGCCUAUGGUCCGACACAAAUAUUAACUUAAGUCCGCUUGGGUGGGGCCCGAGCCUCCCUACCGCGCUCCCGCAUCACCUCCAAUACAUCACUCGUGUGUCAGCUAUUAGAUAUUUGAAACUGUGUGCUAAAUAUUCUGUAGACCAAAGGCUAGAUUUGGCUGCUCUAUGGCCAGGGGAGCCUCCGAGCGGGACCCGCCCGGUCGGACUUCAUAGCCGAGUCUUGCUACAGUGGUAUACUUCGACAAGGUUUCCAUACCAUGAACGUGAAGAGAAACACUUUUGUGAAUCCGACUGAUCUUCUAUGUGGCCUUUAGAAAUAUUAGUCGUGGGAGCCGAAAGCGUCUGAGAAUACGCGCCUCGAAUUUCAGUUUAUCACACUCCAAAACCCACCAACAAAAUAGGCAACAAUUCGCAUUCAGUACGAAGAAGUCUCUGCCGCAGCUCACGUGACCCAUACGCCGCUUCGUUUUACCUUUGCUGUAUAUAGGAAGUUGUGACCGAGAUGAAGUGUAUACACGUGCUACGCCUCUACAGAGUGAGUGUAUACUAUUAGGACAGUAGUAGAUGAAUGAGAUAACCCUUCCAAUGUCUAGUACUGGGUCUCGUCUCGCUGCGUUAUUUAUAUACUACUUAGUUAUACGAUGAAAUAUAUAUUAUCUUAAUGUAACACACUGACUUAGUGGAAUAUUGUGCCAAAUAUAACUAGGGUGAUUAUAAUAAACUUUAUAAUGAA